AUGAAUGGAAAGAUUGUAGAAGUCGCUCUGGAAAUAAACCGAAGCAAGUCUGAUCUCUUCGACUCUUCAUUCCACGACUGUUACAUCUGGUGCCGUGACCCGGAUCCAUUGGUUAGCCGCUGCCGACCGCCGAGGGUUCAGCUGUGUGCCAGUGACGCUGAUGUCAUCAAGUUGGUCGGCCUGUGGAUCCUGCUCAUUGUUGUUGAGUGUAAGCCCACCACUAAGUGGACAUUCACUGAGGUGCAAGAGGCCAUUGAUGAGCAUCAACGAGAGCAGCAAGUGAAGAGACCACACGCAACUGCCCCAAAAGCAAAAACACUCCAGAUUGCCACUGCAGUAGCAGCACCUGACCACUCAGAGCUUGAAGUAGAAUGUAGGCAAAUGAACACUGCCAAAAUUACUCCUAUCAGUUCUACCAGCCCAAAUGAUCGCACCGCAGAGUCAGGUGCUCUUGAACGGAUGUUAACUAUGCUUGAAAGAGUAUUAGAACGCACUGCCCAGCCUGUUGGCGAUACUCAGCCUCAGUUCUUCCCUUCCAGUCGACCGACUCCAUGUCAAGUAUGUGGCAACAGUAACCACUCUACACGGACACACUGCAUGAGAGAGAGAAGAUGCCUGGCCUGUCUCGAGAUUGGACAUCAGCGAAGAAGCUGUCCAAAAUUCCCUAACACUCAGCGAGUUGGAGGCUCUAUUGACCAGGGAAACUAAACCACUCACACUUGAGA